CCUCAAGCUUCUUAUCUAUUCCUCUCUCUCCCUCCUCCCGCUGCGAUAGUGCAGGCAGCAGCUAGGAAAGAAGCUUACGAUGUCGUCCACCACUGUAGAACUCGUGGGUGAUACACCCCCCCUUCCGGUUCAGUAUCAAGCGAUAACAAGUCCACGAAUUACCUAUAAGACUCAUAGCUUCUAUCCAAUGGAGAAGAUGCUUCCUGAGAAAGACUUGCGUCGUAUCUCCGUCGACAACGGUUUGCUUGCUCUGCACGAGAUGAUGCACUCAGUAACAACAUGCAUACUGUAUAUCAGAUGUCAAGCUACUAGCGAUCGUCGCCUUGCCGAUUUCCCUUACUAAGACCCCAGGCCCUGACAGGUUGCACAUGUUCUCAUGUAGGCCAUAUAAUCCAGACAUCAGCUUGAGGCAACACGUGGCUAGCUUCUUGUGUGUCUG